CCACACCCACACCCGUGCCCGUACCCACCCAUCCCGGUCCGGUGCCAUCCUCCUCCCUCUCUCACUCUCUCUCUCUCUCUCUCCCAAUUCUAACCGAGCUAGGGCAUUCGCAGCAGAGUGGCAAGUUGGCAACUGUUACUUGCUUCCAAGUUUUGAUAUCUCAGGACCUGAGAAAGCAAUCAAGGCAAGUAUGCCUCGGAGUAUGUCGAGGUCACCGUCGUACAGACGGAGAUACUCUCCGUCACCGGUGAGUUACAGGCACAGCCGCCGCACUGGAAGGGACCGAAGCCGCUCACCUUAUUCUAAUUCUCACAACAACAGGCGAAGAAGCCGUUCUGGUACCCCACGUCGCCGUAGAAGUCGUUCACCUGCUUUGAGGCGCCGUAGAAGUCGAUCUCCAACGCCUAGACGACAGAAAAGACAAAGAAGUAGGAGUAACUUGGUGUCUCCUCCACCCAAGUCCCGCAGUCCAAGUAUUGUGUCAGCUGAGCGAAAAAAUGCAAUUGAAAAAUUGAGAAAGGAAGAAGAAGAAAAGAAAAGGCUGCAACUAGAAGCGGAGAUGAAACUAUUAGAAGAGGAGACUACAAGGAGACUGGAAGAGGCAAUUCGAAAAAAAGUUGAGGAAAAGUUGAAUUCUGAGGAAGCUAAACUGGAAAUAGAGAAGCGAAUUGAAGCUGGUCGGAAGAAACUGUUUGAUGAUGUUGAAGCUCAACUUGAAAAGGAGAAGGAAGCUGCUCUUAUUGAAGCAAGGCAGAAAGAGGAACAAGCUCGAAAAGAGAGAGAAGAGCUGGAUAAAAUGCUUGUGGAGAAUCAAAGGAGGGUAGAAGAGUCUCAGAGAAGAGAAGCUCUGGAGCAACAGCGGAAAGAGGAGGAAAGAUACCGGGAGCUGGAGAUGAUUCAGAGACAAAAAGAAGAGGCUGCUCGAAGAAAGAAAACUUGAAAAGGACGUUGAAGUGCAGAUCAAAUGAAGUUAUUACGCAAGUACAAAUCUUUGGUGAAGCUGUCUUUUGGGACGGGUCUGUAGUGAUGAUCUGUACACAGCAUUGACAAAGAAGACUUCUUGUAUGUCUGACUUCUCUUUGAAAAGUAGAGAAUUUGGGCUAUUGUUUUACUUUACCAGAACUGGUUUUGCAGUAGCAGAACACUGUUUUUGAUAACUGGAUGAUGAUGUGUAAUAUUGGAAAACUAUGAGAAAGACUAAUAAAGUACAUUUUCGAGUCCUACGAUCUCUCAGUGAAGUUGUCAAUAUAGAGAUGGUCUUUGAUUCUCAGUUAUUUAGUAUGGAUUAGGUGCUGCAAUCUGCAUUUGUACUC